AUGGAGAUAAAUAAGGGGAUUUAUGAAGCUGCAGGACAGGGUAUAGGAAGAGAGUCAGUUAUAUAUCUUGGAAGAGAAGGAGCCACAGUUUGGGCCACAGAUAUCAGGAUUGAUUUGUUGGAACAAUUGAAACAGGAGAAUACAACCCUCAAUAUCAAUAUCAGUUAUGUUCAUCAAGGAAGUAUCCUGGAGUGUUCAGAUCAAGUGUUUGAAAGGAGCUAUCAGAUAAAUGUGAGGAGUAUGUUCUGGAUGUGUCAAACCUUUAUUCCUCAGAUGGAGGAUGGCGGUUCAAUAAUUAAUAUGUCAUCAGUUGCAUCAUCUGUAAAGGGGGCACCAAACAGGUACCGUUGAAACUCCUUCUUGGGAGGCUAGAGUUCAGGAAAGCAGUAACCCAGAUCAAGCUAGACUUGACUUCAUUGCAAGGCAAAAGAUGGGAAGACUCGGGACUCCUGGAGAAAUAGCAAACUUGAUAGUUUACCUAGCUUCAGACGAGUCUGCCUACACCACUGGGACAACUCAGAUUAUUGACGGGGGAUGGAGUAUUUAAAAAGAUGGAAACCUAUAGAGAAGAAAAUUAUAAAUUUCUGUUUUUAGAGUCCGGAACUUUUGUAUGGAAUAUAGUUAAUUUUAAAUGUAUAAUCUCAAUAUCCAAUGUGUGCACUUAUGAAUUUAAAGUCAAAUGAUUAUAUCUUCAAUUAAAGUUAUCCCUGUAGGGUAUGACAACCACGGGAUAUUAAAUUAAUCCGUUUGUCUGCAUAAUAUCCCAUGGUUCACUGUAUACAAAAGUUCUGACUGAGAUUUUCUGAAGUUAAAAACAACAUUAUUGUCAUAUUUUGUCCUUGUUGUUAUCUAUGUUAGACAAUAAAAUAAAAGUUCUGAAUUGUAAAAUA